GUAGCCCCAGAGCUCUGUCUGUCAUCCAUCCAGUCCUUGCGUGUCUGCCAGCGCCCUUCCGCUGCAGUCACCGAACUGCUGUCUAGAGCCCAGCGGCACUACCAUGAAAGUCUGGCUGGCGAGCCUGUUCCUCUGCGCCUUGGUGGUGAAAAACUCUGAAGGUGGCAGUGUACUUGGAGCUCCUGAUGAAUCAAACUGUGGCUGUCAGAACGGAGGUGUAUGCGUGUCCUACAAGUACUUCUCCAGAAUUCGCCGAUGCAGCUGCCCAAGGAAAUUCCAGGGGGAGCACUGUGAGAUAGAUGCAUCAAAAACCUGCUAUCAUGGAAAUGGUGACUCUUACCGAGGAAAGGCCAACACUGAUACCAAAGGUCGGCCCUGCCUGGCCUGGAAUGCGCCUGCUGUCCUUCAGAAACCCUACAAUGCCCACAGACCUGAUGCUAUUAGCCUAGGCCUGGGGAAACACAAUUACUGCAGGAACCCUGACAACCAGAAGCGACCCUGGUGCUAUGUGCAGAUUGGCCUAAGGCAGUUUGUCCAAGAAUGCAUGGUGCAUGACUGCUCUCUUAGCAAAAAGCCUUCUUCGUCUGUAGACCAACAAGGCUUCCAGUGUGGCCAGAAGGCUCUAAGGCCCCGCUUUAAGAUUGUUGGGGGAGAAUUCACUGAGGUGGAGAACCAGCCCUGGUUCGCAGCCAUCUACCAGAAGAACAAGGGAGGAAGUCCUCCCUCCUUUAAAUGUGGUGGGAGUCUCAUCAGUCCUUGCUGGGUGGCCAGUGCCGCACACUGCUUCAUUCAACUCCCAAAGAAGGAAAACUACGUUGUCUACCUGGGUCAGUCGAAGGAGAGCUCCUAUAAUCCUGGAGAGAUGAAGUUUGAGGUGGAGCAGCUCAUCUUGCACGAAUACUACAGGGAAGACAGCCUGGCCUACCAUAAUGAUAUUGCCUUGCUGAAGAUACGUACCAGCACGGGCCAAUGUGCACAGCCAUCCAGGUCCAUACAGACCAUCUGCCUGCCCCCAAGGUUUACUGAUGCUCCGUUUGGUUCAGACUGUGAGAUCACUGGCUUUGGAAAAGAGUCUGAAAGUGACUAUCUCUAUCCAAAGAACCUGAAAAUGUCCGUCGUAAAGCUUGUUUCUCAUGAACAGUGUAUGCAGCCCCACUACUAUGGCUCUGAAAUUAAUUAUAAAAUGCUGUGUGCUGCGGACCCAGAGUGGAAAACAGAUUCCUGCAAGGGCGAUUCUGGAGGACCGCUUAUCUGUAACAUCGAAGGCCGCCCAACUCUGAGUGGGAUUGUGAGCUGGGGCCGAGGAUGUGCAGAGAAAAACAAGCCCGGUGUCUACACGAGGGUCUCACACUUCCUGGACUGGAUUCAAUCCCACAUUGGAGAAGAGAAAGGUCUGGCCUUCUGAUGGCCCUCAGGUAGCUGAGGGAAGAAACAGAUGGGUCACUUGUUCCCAUGCUGACCGUCCUCUCUGCAACAGAGUCGUCAAAUGGAGGGAAGAAGCUGAAAAGACAGGUUUUGCAUUGAUCCUCUGCUGUGCUGCCCACCAGGGUGAGCGCCAAUAGCAUUACCCUCAGACACAGGCCUGGGUGCUGGCCAUCCAGACCCUCCCGACCAGGAUGGAAAGUUGGUCCUGACUCAGGAUGCUAUAGACCAGGAGUUGCCUUUUUAUGGACUAAAGCCAUCUGCAGUUUAGAAAACAUCUCCUGGGCAAGUGUAGGAGGAGAGCUGUUUCCCUUAAUGGGUCAUUCAUGAGAUCUGCUGUUGGGAAAUAAAUGAUUUCCCAAUUAGGAAGUGCAACAGCUGAGGUAUUGUGAGGGUGCUUGUCCAAUAUGAGAACGGUAGCUUGAGGAGUAGAGACACUAACGGCUUGAGGGAACAGCUCUAGCAUCCCAUGAAUGGAUCAGGAAAUGUUAUAUUUGUGUGUAUGUUUGUUCACUCUGCACAGGCUGUGAGUAUAAGCCUGAGCAAAAGCUGGUGUAUUUCUGUAUCUAACUGCAAGUCUAGGUAUUUCCCUAACUCCAGACUGUGAUGCGGGGCCAUUUGGUCUUCCAUGUGAUGCUCCACGUGAAUGUAUCAUUCCCGGGCGUGACCCGUGACUAGCACUAAAUGUCGGUUUCACUUUUUAUAUAGAUGUCCACUUCUUGGCCAGUUAUCUUUUUUUUUUUUUUUUUUUUUUUUUUUUUUUUUUUUUUACUAAUUAGCCUAGUUCAUCCAAUCCUCACUGGGUGGGGUAAGGACCACUUCUACAUACUUAAUAUUUAAUAAUUAUGUUCUGCUAUUUUUAUUUAUAUCUAUUUUUAUAAUUCUGAGUAAAGGUGAUCAAUAAAUGUGAUUUUUCUGAAG